UGCAUUAUUCUCACUUUCCGUCCCCGCGCCUGCCCAAGAAACCUUUUCCUAGAGACAUAUGCUUGGCGCCAUUUCUCAAUGCUACCCAGAAGCCCUCGUUCUCUUCUGUCUGGCUCAAAGCACUGACAAUUGAGACGGAACAGUAGGGAGAGUUUGAAAGCGCAAUUGAAAUGACGGAGGUUAUAUCGCUAAUGGAUAUCGACGGGGAGGAUGAUGAUUCUCUUAAGCCAAUUGACAAAGGCGAAAACGUCGUCGUACCAGGCACCCCACCACCACCAGUCCCCAAAGCUACUCUGUGGGUCGAGAAGUACCGUCCUCAGUCACUCGCCGAUGUUGCCGCCCAUCGCGAUAUAAUCGACACUAUUGAUAAGCUGACUAGCGAGAACAGAUUGCCUCAUCUCUUAUUAUAUGGACCUCCUGGAACGGGUAAAACAUCAACUAUUCUUGCUGUGGCACGUAAGCUUUAUGGACCUCAGUACCAUAAUAUGAUACUGGAGAUGAAUGCAUCAGACGACAGGGGAAUUGAUGUUGUGCGGCAACAGAUUCAGGAUUUUGCUAGCACUCAGAGUUUCUCAUUUGGCGUUAAGUCAUCUGUAAAGUUGGUUUUAUUAGAUGAGUCAGAUGCCAUGACCAAGGACGCACAAUUUGCAUUGCGUAGAGUGAUCGAAAAGUACACAAAGAAUACUAGGUUUGCACUUAUCUGUAAUCAUGUCAACAAGAUCAUUCCAGCUUUGCAGUCUAGAUGCACAAGAUUUCGUUUUGCUCCUCUUGACCCUAUUCAUGUUACUGAGAGACUCAAACAUGUCAUUACGGAGGAGAGGCUUGAUGUAUCUGAGAGUGGCUUGGCAGCAGUUGUCCGGCUUAGCAAUGGAGACAUGAGGAAGGCACUGAACAUUUUGCAGUCGACACACAUGGCUUCUCAGCAGAUUACAGAAGAAGCAGUAUACCUAUGUACUGGAAACCCAUUGCCCAAAGACAUAGAGCAAAUAUCUUACUGGCUUCUGAACGAAUCAUUUUCAGAGAGUUUCAAGCGAACCUCAGAAAUCAAGGCAAGGAAAGGAUUGGCCUUGGUAGAUAUAGUGAGAGAAGUGACAAUGUUUGUUUUUAAAAUUAAGAUGCCGUCAAAUGUUCGAGUUCAGUUGAUCAAUGAUUUGGCUGACAUAGAGUAUAGGUUGAGUCUUGGGUGCAAUGAUAAGCUGCAGCUUGGAUCACUUAUUGCAUCUUUUACACAAGCCCGGUCUGCCCUAGUCGCGGCUGCAAAGUCGUAACAAUGUAACAUUUGCUCAAAAUGUCGGUACUGAUAAACGCUCUUAGUGAUUCAAAGUAGAUAAACUUCACAAUGGUGUCUUCUAUUUCUCGUAUGGGAAUUAGAUAUUCGGUUUAUGUAUGCCUCAUGUCUUGUUUAGUGCAGGUCAAUUUUCCAACUUAUUCUGGUUAGAAUCAAAUGUUAUUUUGUGGGAUAAACUCAGGUGGGAAGUUCGAGAGGGAAAAGUUAAGAAAAUGUAUUUUUUUCUCUACAUAAAUAAGAAAACAAUUAUAAUUUUUCA